AUGAUCACGGCCUGCAGCAACUCUCCCUCAAAGUUGGAGGCCGCAAGGACUGGCACGAUGCAACUGAUGAGCCAGGAAUCCUCAGGACAAGGUCACUUACUAAUCGAUGCUAGUCAAGCAAUGCUGAACCUCGCACUUGGCCCGAUAGAUGCCAUGAGCGCUCUCACCGGACCAGAGGUAUGCAAGCUCGAGGUUAUGCGGACACUCGAAGCCCUCGGCGUGCCUCAAGCGGUGCCUUUGGACGCAGACAUUGGCGUGGGAGAGCUGACAGCCAAGCUGGGAGUCAAUGAGUCGCUCUUGCGCCGGCAGCUCCGGUUCGCGUUCUUGCUUGACAUGUUCCAGGAGCCCCGAGAGGGGUUUGUCGCGCACACAAACCUUUCCUCGGCGUUGUUGGACUUCUCACCUUACAUCAAGCUGAGAUUAUCCCCGUUGUUUGCGAGAGGAGCACACAAGAUCCCCGAGGCCAUGAAAUUAUCCAGUGCGGAUUCUGUCCACAUCCCUGUUCAGCUUGCUGAUCCUCGCCAGCGGAACAUGUGGCAGAUGUUGGAGGAUGAUUAUCCGGAGGGUCAGGGUAUGAAGCUAUUCAGCGCGGGGAUGAGAUCUAAAUUGUCUGCUUCGAUGGGGCCUUCUUUGAGCCCAUAUAUUCACGGCUCUGGUUGGGAGUCUCUCGGGCCGUGCACGGUUGUCGACGUGGGCGGAGGCAACGGACAUGUUGAGAUCAGUCUGAUGAGGCAACUGCCCGGCAUCGAAUUCAUCGUUCAGGACUUAUCGACCAAUGCAGAGCCUGCUCAAGCAUUAAUCGACCAGUACGCGGCACACGAUCGAGUCAAGUUCCAGUCGCAUGAUUUCUUCCAGCCUCAGCCAUCUCUACAGGUGGCACCGAAGGCGUAUCUGCUCAGCCGAGUCUUACACGACUGGCAAGACGAGGACUGUGUCAAAAUCUUGAGGCAUUUAUUGCCGGAAAUGGAGAGACAUGGUACCAAGCUCUUGGUCUGCGAGCGCGUGCUGCCUGAACCGGCCGACGAGUUUUUCAACUAUAUUGAAAAGCAGCUGAGAACGCAGGAUAUGCUCAUGUUCACGCUGUAUGGAGGUGGUGAUAGAAGUCUCGUAGAUUGGACGGCGCUGUUCAAAAGAGCAGAUGCGGGGCUGACUGUGGAAAAAGUCAACCGACCGCUGAACUCGGUCUUCUCGUUCUUGACACUAGGCAUCAAGGCAAACGAAGAGAUGUCUCAUUGA